AUGAAUGAGAAGAAACCAAAAGCUGUGACGAUUUCUUCUAAUCUUGCUAAACCGAUUGAUAGAAAACAAGAAAAACCUGUUCUAAUUUCGUAUACUACAGGUGAAGAUGACAAAAAUCAAGAGGAUAAUGUUACAUAUUGUAAUAAUGCCCAAGAAUGUAUUCAAACUAUAGAACAGUCCUCUCUACCAGUUUUUCUCAUUUUAAAUAGUUCAUCAGCAACUGAUAUUCUUUCUCGUGUUCAUUCAUUAAAGAAAAUCGAUACAAUUUUUGUUUAUUGCAAAACAUCACGAGAACAACAACGAUGUCAAUAUCUUUGUCAACAUUAUUCAAAAAUAUUUGAUCUAUUCACUGAUCGAAAGCAAUUAUUUCAUACUAUUCAAGAAAAUGUUAAUCUUUAUCAAAACCAAUCUGGCAAUGAUUAUCUUCGUUUAGCUGAACGGUAUAAAGAGCAAAAUGAAUUGAACCGUGCACUAAAAUAUACUCAUAAAGCAUUGGAUAUCUAUCGAAAGACACUUUCAAAUCCAAAUCAUCCACUAAUUGCUCGAUGUUUAAAUAAUCUUGGUGCAAUUUAUGAUACUCAAGGAGAUGCCAAUCGAUCAUUUGAAUAUUAUGAACAAGCUAUCAAAAUCUACUCCCAUUUAACACCAUCCUUAUCGAAUCAACCCGUAUCGAAUUUCAUGAAAAAAUGA